AGGGAGGGCAGCUGCACCCUGUCGAGUCAGCUACUUGGGCAACUGGGGAAGGGACGGCCAGCAACUCGGACCGAACCACAGAAUCAACCCGGAGCGGGACACUGUAACUCCGACAAAAUCUCAAAAUGCGCCGAAUAACUGGGAAAGGAGGAGGGGACAGUUUAAUUGAGAUGAGCCCGACUGAAUCUCUCAGCGAUGAUGGGAAUGGCUAUCGCCAACAUGCCUCGUCCAGCACAGGAUCCCUCCAGCAGGGGCAGUCAGAGUCUCCUUUAACGCCUGGUGUGUGUGUAGAGACGUGCGAGUCUCUCAACACCAGCCUGGCCUCCUUGGUUCCGUCCGACUGCAGUGACAAUUCAUGGGUCAGGAGUCCCAGCUUAGAGCAAAUCAAUUCUUUCACUGGGCUUCGGAGAAAACGGGCGCUAUUCCUGAAGUAUCGUUCCAGGAUUGGAAAACAGAAGCUCAGCAAAGACUCUGUGUUCUUCCGAGAUGGGAUGAGGAGAAUAGAUUUUGUCCUCUCGUAUGUUGACGAUAAAGACUGUGAAAAAAAACAGGAGAGAAGGAGAACUUAUGAAGCCAACCUCAAAGAAGCCGGCCUGGAGUUGGAAACAGAAGAUAAGUCGGAGUCUGAGGAUGGUAAGACGUACUUUGUGAAGAUCCACGCACCGUGGGAGGUGCUGGCCACCUAUGCAGAUGUGCUGAAGAUCAAGGUUCCAUUCAAAGAGAGCGACAUACCGGACGAUGGGGACAUGCCCAUGAACUGGCUCUCCACUCCUUUUCGACUGCCCAAGGAAAUCAUGAAUCCCGAGCCAGACUAUUUCACCACUCCUUUUAGCAAGAGCAAGCCUGGCCUUUUCCUUAUCAACAACCAAGACACGUUCUUCCCUCCCUCCACUCGCAACAGGAUAGUCUACUAUAUCCUGUCCCGCUGUUUGUAUGUCAGUGAAGAAUGUGGAGACAAAAAGGGAAUCAAGAGGUUGUUGAACAACGGCUCCUACACUUCUGCCUUCCCUCUUCAUGAUUCCAGAUACUGGAUAAAAUCCAAAGAUGUCAACUGUGAAAGUGAAAGAUACGACCUCUACAAAUACUGGGCGAGAUUCUUCUGCUUUUUCAAGGAGCAACCCAUUAACCGCAUCAGAAAAUAUUAUGGUGAGAAGAUUGGCAUUUAUUUUGCUUGGCUUGGUUUCUACACUGAGAUGCUGCUGUUUGCUGCAGUCGUUGGAACGAUUUGUUUCACUUACGGGUUUCUCACCUACGGUGACAAUGAGUGGAGUAAAGAAAUCUGCAGUGAUGAAAUUGGAGGGAAAAUUGUCAUGUGUCCCCUUUGUGACAAGAAGUGUAGUUACUGGAAACUCAACACAACAUGCAACUCCUCGUGGCAAUCACACCUGUUUGACAAUGUGGCCACUGUGUUUUUUGCCAUUUUCAUGGGAAUUUGGGUGACACUGUUCCUGGAGUUCUGGAAAAGGCGCCAGGCCCGUCUGGAGUAUGAGUGGGAUCUGGUGGACUUUGAGGAGGAGCAGCAGCAGCUGCAGCUCCGGCCAGAAUAUGAAACCAAAUGUACAAAGAGCAAGGAGAACCCCGUCACUAAGGAACAAGAGGGGCUUCUUGACAUAACUGCUACAUAUCGAGCAGGGAAGUUUUUUCUGUGCUGGGCUUCUGUGAUCCUUUGGAUCUCAUUGAUCAUUGCCUGCAUCAUUGGGGUCAUAGCGUACCGCCUGGCGGUGUACGCGGCCUUCGCUAGCAUCAUGAAGGACAGCCCCACCAAUCACCUGGAGGUGGUCGGCCCCUACAUCACGCCCCAGCUGGCCACCUCCGUCACAGCCUCUUGCAUCAACUUUGUCAUCAUCAUGAUCCUCAAUCUCAUGUAUGAGAAAGUGGCUAUUUGGAUUACUGACAUGGAAAUCCCAAAGACCCACCUGGAGUAUGAGAACAAGUUGACGGUGAAGAUGUUCCUCUUCCAGUUUGUCAACUACUACUCCUCGUGUUUCUACGUAGCGUUUUUUAAGGGGAAGUUUGUGGGCUACCCUGGAAAAUACGCUUACAUGUUUGGGAGCACGCUGAGAAACGAAGAGUGUGACCCUGGCGGCUGUCUGAUUGAGUUAACGACACAGCUGGUAAUAGUGAUGACUGGGAAACAGGUGUGGGGCAACAUUCAGGAAGCUCUGCUGCCCUGGGUGAUGAACUGGUGGGGCAGCAGGAAGGCACGGAACCAUCCAGAGAGCCUGUACAGUCGCUGGGAGCAGGAUCAUGACCUGCAGAGCUUUGGUCAGCUGGGGCUCUUCUAUGAGUACCUGGAAAUGGUGAUCCAGUUCGGUUUCAUCACACUCUUCGUGGCUUCCUUCCCCUUGGCGCCGCUCUUGGCUCUUUUCAACAACAUAAUUGAAAUCCGAGUGGACGCCUGGAAGCUCACCACUCAGUUCAGACGUCCUGUGGCAGCCAAAGCCCACAGCAUCGGGGCCUGGGAGGAAAUUCUCAACGGGAUGGCCGUACUGUCUGUCGUUACAAAUGCAUUCAUCGUGGCCUUCACCUCUGACAUGAUGCCUCGGCUGGUGUACAUGUACGCCUACCAGCCACAGGGACAGAUGAAUAUGAAAGGUUACAUAAACAACAGCCUGUCCGUGUUUAACGUCUAUGAGUUUCAAAACUCCAGCAGGCCUGAGGAGGCUGAGAACCCGAUGUGGCUCAACAUCACAACCUGCAGGUAUCGUGAUUAUCGCUACCCCCCCGGGCACGAGAAGCAAUACUUCCACACGAUGCAGUUUUGGCAUAUUUUAGCUGCCAAGCUAGCUUUCAUCAUUAUUAUGGAGCAUGUUGUUUUCCUGGUUAAAUAUUUUGUGGCCUGGCUGAUUCCGGACGUUCCCUCUGACGUGAGGGCUCGGGUAAAGAGGGAGCGCUUCCUCGUCCAUGAGUAUCUUCACAAUUACGAAGUUAAUGAGCUGAAACGACAGCUCGGCCAACAAGGCGACAAGGAGUGCACCUGUACGCCGAUGAUCUACCCGACUUUACCCAAACAUGAGGUGCUAUCGGAGGUCCUCUAGCGCAGGGAGCGGCUGCUCAGUCUGAACUCACCUGCUGACUGUGGAUUCACUGGCUUUGAAGACCAAAACUCUGUGCAUGCUGACGAUUUGACACGCUUGAAUUUAGACAUCGCUCUCGUUUAUGUCUUCUUGUGAAGUUAAGAUUUCCAAACUUUACUGUAUUCAAACAAUAAGCCGCACUGCGUCUUUAAGAGACAGCUCACUAUUGUUUUAAUGUAAGGUUAUUUAAAGUGCCACCAAAGAAUCGCCUUAAUACUCUUUUUCUUUUUCUUUUUUUGAUGAGGAUUUCUGCAGUUCUCUGAUCAGUUCAUCAUCGUUGAGGUCACUGCGCUGAUAAUUUUAGCAAAUUAUGUAAAAUCCAUCAGGCUAAUGUCGAUUGUUGCUCUUAAUUUCACCUCACUAUGUUCCCCAGGCCAUAACCUGAGAUGUGAAGCAGCUUUUUGUCCUGAAGGGAAAUCAGUGCUGCUGUUUUGACUGUGACUAAGGACAGAUUUGAUCCUGCAGAGGCCAGUUUUUGAGCUGUGGUAGCAGCAGCUGUUUAGCGCUGAAUGUGUACACAGCGAUGAAAGGAUAAGAGCGCUCUCUUUUUAAAUUUUAAAAAAUGUUUUUUUUGUGUGUUUACCACACACCAGUGAAUGGAAGCCUGUGUUUAAGUCCGACAAAGCCCGUCAGCCAGCGCCUGCGUCCAUCCCUGCGUUUCAGCUUUUCUCUGAAUAAAAGACACAUUUUCCUUUUAUUUUGCACAAAGCACUUAAAAUAAUGCAACUACCAAUACAUGAAGAUGUAUAACUUAUCAUUAUCACAACACUAAGACUUUGUGAUCAGUGUUUUAGGAAGCAGUUAUCUACCUUUCAGAACUUUGAUAUUUAUAUAUAUAUAUGUUUUUUAAUUAUUAUUUAAGGGUGCAGAUUUGGUUUAGAACCUAUAUGAAGGACAUUUCACAUCAUUUGUUGGUGCCUAAAUAAAAUUAUGCAGAACAUUUUUGUUUAUUGAAGGACUUAAAUCAGAUGUAAAGUUAUUGAAUCUGUAGGUCUGUCUGAGAUGUAAUCGUGUGUAAGUUCGCCUCUCUCUUCCAGUUUGCCUUAUCUACGCCCUGGGCUCUGCUGACCACUAUGCCUUAAAACAUCUCAUCCAUUUUUUUCUGUGGUUUUACUUUUCUACCUAAUUUUUUUCCCAAGUUUUCUGCCAUUAUAUUUGAGUCAGGAUAUGUUUCUGAUCAUUCUUCAGGCAAAAAUAAACUUGUUUACUGUAUUUUUAAUGGUAAGUGUUCAUUUUUUAUGAGUGUAUCCAAUUAUAUGAGACAACAAAAAUAAAUCUCCAAGCU